GAUUUUCAUAAAUUCAAAAUGGAGGUAUCAGGCCGUAAGGAAUGGGACGAUAUACAUUCAACAGAUAACCAAGGGAGACAAUGUCGAAAUCUUUGCCAGCCUUGUGAGUGUGACGGUGAUACAAUAGAAGCGGAGGCAUUCUGUGAAACUUGUAAUGAGUUCAUCUGUUUUCCAUGUUUGAAGGCUCAUCGUAAAUUUGCUAUAAGUAAGAACCACGUGAUCAAGUCAAAGAAUGAAAUGCCAAUAUCAAGGGAAAAACAAAAAGACCCAUGUUCGGAGCUGUGUUCAGUCCAUUAUACUGAAAUAAUAAAGUUCUAUUGUGAAGACCAUAAUUCUGUAGGAUGCGGAGAUUGUAUGAUCCUGAGUCACAAAACGUGUUCUGUUAAACUCGUCAAUGAUGUCUCCGACAGCUACAAUACCAGAGAGGAACUCGUGCAAAUCAGGAAAAAGAUGGCAACCCUUCUGCGUAGAAUUUCAUCUUACCAAGAUGAUAUUGUAGAUGGCAUAAAGACUGCUGAUGAAAUGAGAGAAAGAAUUAUGAAAGAAAUUGGCAUUUUCCGACAAGAGAUUAACGAAUAUUUGGAUAAUGCUGAGGCAGAUCUGAUGAAGCGAAUAGAUCAGCUGACAUCAAAGCAAGUGUCUAAGCUUGGCCAUAUGCAAAAAGAAUUUGAGUCUAUGGAUACUGAGAUGAGAGAAUGUCAAGACAAAAUAACUAAAAAUUCAGACAAGAUUAAUCAAUUGUUUGUAAUAGCAAAACUUGCUCAUAAGAAGAUUGAAGCCAGCCAGAUUUCAACCGAGCAGCUAGCAUUUAAAUGUGAGAUUGAAAUAUUUGACUUUGAAAGGUCUUGGGAAUUAGAUAAACUUUUAAAAGGCAAACUUCCCAUUGGUGUUAUCAAUGAGGAAAAACGGAAAUUUUGUACACACAGCAAAAAGAGCCUCAAAGAUGUUCAAACAACGCUGUUAAAGAGUCUAAAUGUCAGGUCUGUAGACGACAAAACGGAUUGCUACAUAUCAGGAAUGGCAUUAAUUUCCUGUGAUGAACUCAUGCUUGUUGAUUUUACAAAUUAUUGUCUCAAACUUUUAAACGUAGAAGAGAAUGAAAUAACAUGUAGAUUUAAAACAAAUGGUCAACCAUGGGACGUAACUUCCAUCAAUGCAGGAUUAUUCGCAGUAACUCUAGUCACAACAGGUGAAAUACUCUUCAUAAAUACAUCGAAUGGUAUUUCAAAAAGUAACAGUAUUAAGGUCAGAAAUAACUGUAGAGGAAUCGACUACAGUAACGGAGUUCUUUUUGUACCUUUCGACUAUCCAGCAUGCGGACAGCUACUUGACAUGAAAGGGAAAGUAAUGAAAGAGUUUGAUAUCGCGAAACAUUGUCAAUAUCCUCAUUAUAUAGCUUCGUGUAACGACGACAACAAAACCUACAUUGUGUUCGAUUACUUUAAAACUGCCCUUGUUGAGUUUACUGUUGAUGUGAAUGUGAAGGAUAAAGUAACGAGCAGUGAUAUAAAAUCACCAAGACAACUUGUUAUGACUCAUGAUGGAGCGAUUAUUGUUUGUUGUAGUGGUAUCCAGUGA